AUGUCAAGUUUACUCAAAAAGGAAUCUAUUAUGAUUAACAGCAUUGCACCUGGUAUUACAUCAAACAUUGAUAAGUUAUACUCACCAUUAGAUGAGUGUAGCAAGUGUUACAAUGACCUAAAGUUGUGGAUUACUUUAAAGAAAUACCUUAUUGAUGAAGUCGCCAAAUGUUAUUGGAUGAUUUCGGAUGAUAAAGAACUAGAAAGUGACAGCAUUAGCGAAAACUUAUUGCUGGACUUCACUAAUGAAGAAAGAGAAGGAAACACAAUACCGUUUCCAACAGAAGACUUGAAUAAUUUCCCUUGGUGGUUAGAAUUAUUAGAGAAACUAUCCGAACAUUAUUAUAGAGAAUUUAAUAACUUCUCUAAUACUUAUCUUUGUAACUCUAUUUGGUGGAAAACCGCCAAUCCAGUUAA